AUGACUACUGAAAUUGCCAAAGUUAAGAUCUUGGGCAAAGAAAUUAUUCAUGUUGGAUAUGAUGUUUCAUCACAUCUAAUCAACACAAUUUUAAACAACUGUAAAUCAUCAACUUACGUUAUGAUCUACGAUUCCAACGUUGAAAAAGUUCCCUUACUAGAUGAUUUAAAAAGUAAUUUUCACAAACAAUUGAAUCCGGAAUCACAAAGAUUAUUAACCUAUGUCGUUAAGCCAGGUGAAGCUAACAAGACUAGAGAAACCAAAGCUGAUAUAGAAGACUACUUAUUAUCAAAAGGUUGUACCCGUGACACUGUCAUUAUAGCUGUUGGUGGUGGUGUUAUAGGUGAUAUGAUUGGUUUUGUUGCCAGUACUUUUAUGAGGGGGGUUAGAGUUGUUCAAGUACCAACGUCUCUAUUGGCUAUGGUUGAUUCCUCAAUCGGUGGUAAAACUGCUGUUGAUACUCCCUUGGGUAAAAACUUUGUUGGUUCGUUUUGGCAACCACAAUUUGUCUUAGUUGAUAUCAAAUGGUUAGAAACCUUGCCAAAGAGAGAAUUCAUCAAUGGGAUUGGUGAAGUUAUUAAAACCGCUGCUAUCUGGAAUGCAGACGAAUUUAGUCGUUUGGAAUCUAAUGCAGAUUGUUUCUUAAAAGUUGUCAACAACCAAAAGAAAAUGACCAAUGGGGGGUUCUAUACCAAUAUAAAAUUGAUUUUGGAUCAUAUUUUCAAGUUGGUUUUAGAAAGUAUCAAAGUUAAAGCAGAGGUUGUUUCUUCUGAUGAACGUGAACUUGGUCUAAGAAAUUUAUUGAAUUUUGGUCAUUCAAUUGGUCAUGCUUAUGAAGCCAUUUUGACUCCACAAGCAUUACACGGUGAAUGUGUUUCUAUUGGUAUGAUCAAAGAAGCUGAAUUAUCACGUUAUUUAAAUAUUUUAAGCCCAACCCAGGUGGCCCGUUUAACUAAAAUUUUGGCAGCUUAUGGACUACCAAUUUCUCCUGACGAAAAGUGGUUUAAAGAAUUGACUUUACACAAAAAGACUCCGUUGGACACCUUGUUAAAGAAAAUGAGCAUUGAUAAAAAAAAUGAUGGUUCAAAGAAAAAAGUUGUUUUAUUGGAAACCAUUGGUAAAUGCUAUGGUACCUCUGCUCAUUAUGUUUCCGAUGAAGACUUGCGUGUUGUUUUAACUGAUGAAAUUCUAGUUUUCCCAUUUAGUAACAUACCAACCAAGCCUGUUACUAUCACACCACCUGGUUCUAAAUCUAUUUCUAAUAGAGCCUUGGUAUUAGCCUGUUUAGGUAAGGGUCUUUGUAGAAUUAAGAAUUUAUUACAUUCUGAUGAUACCAAGCAUAUGUUAGAAGCUGUUUCCAGCUUGAAAGGUGCCAAUAUUACAUGGGAGAAUAAUGGCGAAACGGUGGUUGUUGACGGUAAAGGGGGUGAUUUUAUUUCUGCUGAAGAACCAAUCUAUUUGGGUAAUGCCGGGACUGCCUCUAGAUUUUUGACUUCGGUCGCUGCCUUGGUUUCUGCGUCUGCCUCCAAGGAUUAUGUUAUUUUAACUGGUAAUGCUAGAAUGCAAGAGAGACCAAUUGGUCCAUUGGUUGAUGCUUUGUCAUCUAAUGGUGUUGAAAUUGAAUAUAUGAAAAAGAAAGGCUCGUUGCCUUUAAAGAUUAACACCUCUAAAUCUAUCUUCAAGGGUGGUAGAAUUGAAUUGGCUGCCACUGUCUCCUCUCAGUAUGUUUCAUCCAUUUUAAUGUGUGCGCCAUAUGCUGAAAAUCCAGUCACCUUAUCUUUAGUUGGUGGUAAACCGAUUUCUCAGUUAUAUAUCGACAUGACCAUUAAAAUGAUGGAAAGAUUUGGUGUAACUGUAGAGAAGUCCACCACUGAAGCUUACACUUACCAUAUUCCAAAGGGGCACUAUAUCAAUCCAUCUGAAUACGUUAUCGAAAGUGACGCAUCAAGCGCAACCUAUCCGUUGGCUUUUGCAGCUAUGACUGGGUCUACUGUCACUGUGCCAAAUAUUGGUAGUGAAUCUUUACAAGGAGAUGCAAGCUUUGCUGUAGAUGUUUUAAAACCCAUGGGUUGUACUGUUACUCAAACAGCAACAUCUACUACGGUUACCGGUCCCAAAAUUGGCGAGUUGAAACCUUUACCAUAUGUUGAUAUGGAACCAAUGACUGAUGCAUUUUUAACUGCGUGCGUUGUUGCUGCCGUUGCUAGCAAUAAUUCCGGCGAUGGUAAUAGUGCUACAACUACUAUUGAAGGUAUUGCUAACCAAAGAGUUAAAGAAUGUAACAGGAUUUUGGCCAUGAUCAAUGAGUUAAAAAAAUUUGGUGUUAAAGCGUCUGAAUUGCCUGACGGCAUCAAAGUUGAGGCUGUUGCAUCCAUUACUGAUUUGCAAGUUCCACAAUCAGUUUGUACUUAUGACGAUCAUCGUGUUGCCAUGAGUUUUUCCUUGUUGGCCGGUAUGGUCCAAAGUUCUCCUGUCAAGCCAGUAAGAAUUUUAGAAAGAAGAACCACAGGUAAAACUUGGCCCGGUUGGUGGGAUGUUUUGCACAGUCAGCUAGGUGCUCAAUUGGAUGGUGCUGAACCUAUAACCUUUUCUGAACUUUCUAACACAGAUAAGCAUCCAUCAGUUGUUCUAAUUGGUAUGAGAGCUGCUGGGAAAACCACUGUUUCUAAUUGGUGCGCUAACGCGUUAGACUAUAAAUUGAUGGAUUUGGAUGUUGAAUUUGAAAAAAGAUACUGUCCAAAAGAUGUUACUAUUAAAGAAUUUGUCGCUACUCAUGGUUGGGAAGAUUUCCGCGCCAAGGAAGCUGCAUUGUUUGAAGAUGUAAUUGCGAACUAUGGUGACAAAGGCUAUGUCUUUUCAACUGGAGGUGGCAUUGUAGAAAGUGCUGAGAGUAGAAAAUACUUGAAAAAAUUUGCCUUUGAAGAAAAUGGAUUGGUUUUGCACUUACACCGUGAUAUUGAGGAAACUAUUAAGUUCUUAAACAAGGACCCAACAAGACCAGCCUACUCCGAAGAUAUCGGACAGGUUUGGCAAAGGAGAGAAAAAUGGUACGAAGAAUGUUGUAAUUAUGUUUUCUAUGCUAAUCACUGUGAUACCCAAACUGAGUUUAAUGAAUUAAGGAGGAACUUUGAUUUUUUUGUCAAAAGAAUAACUAGACAGGUUAAAGUUGAGAUUCCUACUAGGAGAUCUGCCUUUGUUUGUUUAACGUUUGCUGAUUUAAGUAAUCAUUUAACUGAAUUGGAAGAAAUUGUUUAUGGUUGCGACGCAGUUGAGCUAAGAGUUGAUCACUUGAAAGAUUAUUCUCCAGAUUUUGUUAAAAAGCAAAUUACUUUAUUAAGAAUGUGUACUGACUCGUUGCCUAUUAUUUUCACAAUUAGAACCAAGAAACAAGGCGGUAAGUUUCCAGAUGAAGACUACAAAGCUAUCAAUGACUUAUACACAGUAGCAUUGAAAAGCGCUGUUGAAUAUAUUGAUUUAGAAUUAACGUUGCCAAUUGAUCUACAGUAUCAUGUGUUGAAUAAUAAAGGAACCACUACCAAGGUUAUUGGUUCACACCAUGAUUUUGCUGCAAAUUUCCCUUGGACCCAUUCCGAAUGGGAGAACAGAUAUAACCAGGCAGUCUCUAUGGAUGUUGACAUUGUUAAAUUUGUUGGGACUGCAUGUCAUUUCCAAGAUAACUUACAAUUGGAAGACUUUAGACUAAAACAUACGACUAAACCAUUAAUUCUUAUUAACAUGACCGAUAGAGGGAAGAUUUCUAGAGUUUUGAACACAAUCUUGACACCGGUUACCAGUAAAUUAUUACCAUCUUCUGCUGCCCCUGGUCAAUUAACAUUGGCUGAAAUCAACCAAAUGUAUCACAACUUGGGCGGUGACUUAAUCUCUAAGAAAUUUUUUGUAAUUGGUCAACCUAUUGGUCAUUCCAGGUCUCCAAUUUUACACAAUACAGGGUAUAAAAUUUUGGGUCUACCAUAUAAGUUUGAAAAAUUUGAAACUGAUGAUGUUGAAAAAGUUAAACAAAAAUUAUUGAGCGAUGAGAGUGUUGGCGGUUUAGCUGUUACUAUUCCCCUAAAAUUGGAUAUUAUGAAGUACAUGGAUGAACUAAGUGAUGCUGCCAAAACUAUUGGUGCCGUAAACACGGUGAUUCCAUUAGGUCAUGGUAAGUUCAAAGGUGAUAACACUGAUUGGUUGGGCAUUUUCAAUUCUCUGGUCAAUAAUGGUGUUCCAAUUAAGUUGCCAAAUGAUACGUGCGGUUUAAUCGUUGGUGCAGGUGGUACUUCAAGGGCAGCUGUAUAUGCAUUAAAAAAAUCGGGAUGUUCAAAGAUUUAUAUGGUGAAUAGAACUUCUUCUAAAUUACAUGAUUUGAAAAAGGAUUUCCCAGAGGAUUUCCAUAUAGAAGUUGUUGAUUCUGAUUCUCAAAUUGGAGAAAUCAAAGAACCAAUUUCUGUUGCAGUGAGCUGUGUACCAGCGGAUAAAGCUUUAGAUGAGAGUUUGGUUUCUAAGUUAAAAAAAUUGUUAGCUAAGACUGACGAUAGUAAGGUUGGGUUUAAAUCCACAUUGUUAGAAGCUGCUUAUAAACCAAGUUAUACUCCAAUCAUGAAACUUGCUAAGGAGGAAUAUGAUUGGAAUGUUAUACCAGGUUGUACCAUGUUGGUUUAUCAAGGUGUAGCCCAAUUCGAGCAAUGGACUGGUUUCAAACCACCUUUUAAAGCCAUUUUCGAUGAAGUUACAAAGAAAUGA